AUACCGGAGCUGCGCGCGCGUCUCUGUCUGUUAGCGGACCUGCGCGUGGAGUCGUGGUGUGUUCUGUGUUCUUUAACUCUCUGUGUGUGUGUGUGUGUGUGUGUGUGUGUGUGUGUGUGUGUGUGAUGGGCGGACAUAAACCCGCGCGCAGCGGAAUGAGAUUCCCACCGGAUAUACAGCGCACCGGGGGAUAACCGGGGGAUAACCCGCCUGUACCGGGACACUGGAUUACUGUGAUCGUUACUGUGAUUAUUACUGUGAUUAAAGCGAUUAGCACGGAGUGUUACCGCCGGCGCGUGGACGCGCACACCGGGGCUGAGGAUCUAUAACCCGGGAUGAGAGCGCGCGAGGAUCAAAGAGAAUCACCGGCAUGAGGAAAUAAAGCGGCUGCGCGCGCGUCUUACAAUGGAGCUGCGGAGACUUUACUGUCUGAUCCUGAACACACCGUUACUGCUGUACGGAGAGGCUGCCUUCACUGAAGUGCCCACUGAUGUGAGUGUGUGUGAGGGUGAGGACGUGGAGAUGCCCUGUGCGUUUCGUGCCGUUGGCGUGUCUCCGUUUUCUCUAGAGAUUCAGUGGUGGUAUCUUAAGGAGGCGACUCCACGAGACACACACGACACACAAACGGGCAACCGAGCCAAGGUUGCUCCACGAGAGGCCACUAAGAUCAGUACGGUGCGAGUGCAGGGGAACGCCAUCUCCCACAAGCUCAGCCUGUCCCAGGUGGGAAAGGAUGAUGAGGGUGUUUAUGAGUGUCGCGUGUCAGAUUUGUACUCGGAUGACAUGCAGGACUUUAAGGUGCAGGCAACACUUCGUGUGACCCCGAGGGACAGCAUGCUUGCCGAGGAGGCCGUGUCUCAUAUCCAAAACCGCUGGACGUUAAAGAGCGCAGCACAAGCCACUAACAAACCGGAUCAGGGAAAAAGCCACCCAAUCCCUCCAUCAUCAUCACCAUCAACCCUCACCACAGCCUCACCACACACUGCUAAUGCCUCCAACAGACAGCAGCAUGAGACCGGUUCCGUCGACAUGGUGACUGUGGAGCCGAGGAUUUGCAUUGUGCUGCUGAUCUUUUACACGCUCUUCUGAAUGAGAACAACAAACACCAAUCCUUUAUCUACCAAACACCGGGAUGUUAUUAACCACAAACAGGCCAGUAAAAAAGUGAUCAGUGUUUCAGCACAUUAAAGACGACUUGCAAGGACAGCAAAGAGAAACAGAACAACUGGAAAAAUCUGAAUUAUUACAUAGUUUAAUGAUAAUUGGACCGUAUGAGACGCAUGAAAAAAUAUAUAUAUACACACACACAUCUAUAUGUAUAUAAAUACAUAUAUAAAUAUGACUCUAGGUGAGUUAGCACUCUUUCUUUCUCUUACAUUCAGACACACAGAUUGGAUGUACCACCAUUUGUCACAUAUUAUUUAUUAACUUAAACUCUUAAAUUGGAAUUUAGAGUAUUUUUAUUGGCAUUAUAAUUUGAUUAUUUUAUGAAUUACUUUUUCAGUCUUGAAAAUUAAAAUAAAAGUGUUUCAAUGUUUCAUUCUUGCAUGAGCUGUUGAUCAGUUUCCCACAGGUUUAUUUCUGUGUGUGUGUGUGUGUGUGUGUGUAUGUCUGAUGACCGUGAGUAAUUGCGUUUUUCAUCAGUUUUUAUUUUCAUCCUGUAUAAAUUGUGCUAUUUUUUUAAAUAAUUAAUGCACAUGUCAAUCGUUGAUGUUUGUCCUUGAUAAUGUUAAUUUUUUAUUAAGAUUGUGAUCGAA